AUGACGUGGAUAAUUCCACCAUCGGGCUCAGCCAGCUUGACGCACUACGACCUUCCACUAAACUUUCUAGCCGCAUGUGGAUGUGCGUAUGGGGCGAGUUAUCAUGCGACGGCGGCGAUAAGUGCGCUAGCAUACAGCGGGGACGAACGGGCAAGUGUCGGCCCGGGCCCGGGAUGCGGGCGCUGUUUUCGGCUGACCUUGCAGUCCGCUCACGGCGUGUCGCCCCCGUUUGUCCCGGCCGAUCCGAAGCCUUCGGUGGUCGUCAAGAUUAUCGGACAGCAGAUCCAUUUCGAUUUAGCACUGCCAUCGCCGGCCUUGAACCUUUCUUUUUUCCCCUCCAAUCCGGAUCUGUACGGGUACAGCGACUUCGGCGUCUGGAAUAUCAACUAUCAGACGGUGUCGUGUGAGGAAUGGACGGGCUGGUCUAACAAAACCAAUCUCGGCGUCGAGCCCAGCUAUCCAGGCUUUGAAGAAAGCUGCUGUCCCAUCAACCCGCCCUAUACCAGCGAUCUCUGUCCUAAGUCUAUCAAAGCCCCCCCUCCUUCCUCUGCAAUCCGCUCUACUGGCUCCGCUUUCACUCCGUUCUUCCUUCUCAUCUUGGUUUCCUCUUGGCUCGCAAUAACUUUGCCUUUUUCCCAGAGUCUUUGA